AUGAAAUUCUGGCGACUCAAUCACCCCCUGCUCAUCGCCUCGCUCCUGUGCCUCUUCGUGAGCUCAGCCAGCCUUGCUCUCCUGCUGUCGCUCGAUCGAAUUAUCGAUUGGAAGAUAAGCCAGACAGUGAAACUUAGAAACGGCUCCGCUGUAUUCGAUGCCUGGAAGUCAACUAGGUCCCCGAGCAAAGUCGUCAUCUACAUGUACAAUCUGACCAACCCAGAGGAGACGCUUCAGGGUCAAGCACCACACUUAAAGGCCAUUGGACCUUACGUCUAUUGGGAGAAAGAGGACAAGGUUAACAUCUCCUGGACGGAGGUGGAUGGAAUAAGAGGGCUACGCUACUUCAAACGAAGUCUGUACACAUUCGACGCCGCGCUCUCAGUUGGUGACCCCAAAAAAGACAAGGUCAUGACCGUUAGCCUCCCCGUAUUGGCCCUCUCAGCUGCAAUUAAGGCAGGUCGCGACCCGACAAUGGGCUUUUUGGGCCUCAUUAGACUACUCUAUAGCCUGGAACUCUUCACCACGCAAACAGUUCACGGGUACCUGUGGGGAUAUGAGGAUCCUCUGCUGGACUUGUGCAGUGCUUGCGACACGAAAAAAGUUGGACUUUUGCACAAGUCUAACAACACACUACGAGGUCCUUACAUUAUUGACGCUGGUUUAGAGAAUUCCUCCAACACUGGCCAGCUGCUCUCGGUCGAUAAAAAACGGUUUGGACCCACGUUCCUUCUUUUCAGUCAGUUCCACUUUGACAUGCCAAGCAUUUGGGCAUUCUCCGCCAUCGUUGACGUCGACACCCUUCCACAGUUCCACGAAUUUCUUAGUCGUGUUACAGCAUCAAUCUCUCCCUCUCUCGCUCUCGCUCUGUUCUCGAAGCAGGAGUUAGGCCAGUUCCCGUAG